GGCGCGGCCCUCCCCCGCCCCACCCUCCCCCGUGUCAGCGUCCGUCCGUCCGUCCGUCCGUCCGCCCGUCCGUCCGUCCGCGCGCGAGGGAGGAGGCCCCGAGGCCGGAGGGAGCGAGGAGGAGGUAUGGACCCCCAGCCUCCUCCGCCUGCCCCAGGCGCCUCUCCUCGGGGUCGUGGCCGGGGUCGGGGCCGGGGCCGGGGCCGUGGACGGGGCCGAGGCGGCGGAGCUGCUCCCAGGGCCCCUCUGCCCUGCCCCACCUGUGGCCGCCUCUUCCGCUUCCCCUACUACCUGUCCCGUCACCGGCUCAGCCAUUCGGGCCUGCGCCCCCAUGCCUGCCCCCUGUGCCCCAAGGCCUUUCGUCGGCCAGCCCACCUGGCCCGGCACCUGCGAGGCCAUGGCCCUCAGCCGCCUCUGCGCUGCGCGGCUUGUCCGCGCACAUUCCCAGAGCCGACUCAGCUGCAGCUGCACCUGGCCCAGGAGCACGGUGGCAGUGGGGAGCCAGGAGGGGCCGAGGCGCUGGGGAGCCAGGAGCCCGCGGCAGAGCCGGCCCCAGCCCCCGGGCCUCCUGAGGAUGCCCAGGAGGAGGCGGCUGAGCUGGCUCGGGCAGCGGCUGGCCGCGGGGAGGAGAAGGAGGUCCUGCUCCAGGCCGACUGGACCCUGUUGUGCCUGCGCUGCAGAGAGGCCUUCCCCACCAAGGGGGAGCUGAAGGCCCACCCAUGCUUGCGGAGCUCGGGGGGCCGGGUGGGCCCCGAUGGGGAGCCUGGGCCCCCGCCACGGCCCAAGCGCCACCAGUGCCCCGUCUGCCUCAAGGCCUUCGCCAGGCCCUGGUCGCUGUCCCGACACCAGCUUGUCCACUCCCCGGACCGGCCAUUCGCCUGCCCAGACUGUGGCCUGGCCUUCCGCCUGGCCUCCUACCUCCGGCAGCACCGCCGGGUGCAUGGCCUGACCCUGCUGGCGCCUGCCCCGGCCCCUUCUCGGUCCGACAAGGAGGAGAGAGGCGUGGGCGGCGCCUCUAAGGGAUGGACCUUUGCCAAAGGGGCAGAAUCCCAGGGGCAGAACGGAGAAGACGGGGCAGGCCGUGAGGGAGAACGGGCCUCGGGCCCUGGGCCCGGGGAGGAGCCACCUCCGCCCCCGCCACCACCCGUGGAGCCCCGAUUCCGGUGUCCGGAGUGCGGCAAAGGCUUCCGGCGGCGGGCCCACCUCCGCCAGCACGGCGUCACCCACUCGGGAGCCCGGCCUUUCCAGUGUGUCCGCUGCCAGCGGGAGUUUAAGCGACUGGCAGAUCUGGCCCGUCAUGCCCAGGUGCAUGCGGGGGGCCCUGCCCCACACCCCUGCCCCCUGUGCUCUCGCCGCUUCUCCAGGGCCUACAGCCUCUUGCGGCACCAGCGGUGUCACCGUGCCAAGGUGGAAGGGGCCGUGAGCAGGGCCACGCCUGCUGCGGAGGAGGCGGCCCCGGCUCGGGUGGAGACAGUCGGUGAUCCCCCUUCUCCUCCCUCUCCCUCUCGGACCCCUCCUCCAGCCCCUGCAUACCUCAGCGCCUCCUGCUUUGACAGUCAGGACCACUCAGCUUUUGACCUGGAGGAAGAAGAAGAGGGGGGCCUGGGGGGGGCAGGGGGGGUGCCCUCCUGACACUCAGAAUCCUCCAAACUUGUUUUAUGGCUGCCCCAAUCCCCUCUACCCCCUCUCUGAAAUGAAACCCACCCUCUAGGUUCCAACAGUGGAAGAAGGAGCAAGAUUGAGGUGGGGGUGUCUCCCUGGGGAGACUGCAGAGAGUUCUGGACCCCUACACCCUCCCCGCCAUUGCAGGAUACAUCUCCCACCCCGCACUGACCCAGAGUCCCACCCUGUUGCCACCCCCAGGAUGACAGGUGGGGUCCACCUUCCAGCUGAGGCAAAUGAUGGGGAAAUCCUUGACCCUCUGCCCACACCCAGUCCUUCCAUGUUUCUUGUCUGCUGGGGGAGAGUAGAGUGAAGGGGGUCCCAGAGUGUGGGCUGGGGAUGGGUGUUUCUGUUCCCCUUGUCUGUCUAUGAAUAAACGCCACUGUGGAGCCCAGAGGAGCCAGGC